GUUAUCCUCCAGGUUAUUGUUCCUAUUUAAGCUUACAUGUGUCUAAUUUUGUUGUCUUGUGAAAAAUCCAUAUUUCUUUUUCAUUUAACCCUGAUUGAAACUAUUUUACGGUAAACAGGAGUUAUUGGAUAGCACUUUAGCCAUGCCGACUAUUUCCCUCAAAAAGGAUUUGCUUUUAAAGGCUUUAAGCUCCGAAUACACCGAUGAAAAUUUUGCAUAUUUAUGCUUUGAAUAUGGCCUUGAAUUGGACGAUAUUACCAGUGAAAAGAAAAUGUUAUUGAAAGAACAAGGAGAAAACGCUGCAAAAGAAGCAUCAGAUGAUGUGAUUUAUCGUAUUGAUAUCCCAGCGAAUCGAUAUGACUUACUGUGUCUUGAGGGGCUUUCCAUUGCGUUGCUCGUUUUUCAAAACAGAAUGGAUUAUCCUCAUUAUAAAUCCAUCCUUCCUUCAGAUCCCAAGAAAGUUCAACGAUUGCAUGUUAAACCUGAAACAAAACAAAUCCGGCCAUUUGUUGUCGCAGCAGUUUUAAGGGAUAUUACUUUCACACCUGAAAGCUAUGCUAGUUUCAUUGAUUUGCAAGAUAAACUGCAUCAAAAUGUCGGAAGGAAAAGAACUUUAGUCUCUAUUGGGACUCACGAUUUAGAUACAGUGACAGGACCUUUUACAUAUGAAGCCCUUCCUCCAGAAGAAAUCAAAUUUGUCCCACUUAACCAAAAAAGGGAAUAUACGGCCAAAGAGCUCAUGGAAUUUUAUUCAACCCACCAGCAACUGAAACAGUACGUUGGUAUUAUUAAACACAGCCCAGUUUAUCCUGUGAUAAAAGACAAGAAUGGAGUAAUUCUUUCUUUGCCGCCAAUUAUUAAUAGUGAACACUCAAAGAUCACUUUAAAUACAAAAAAUGUUUUUAUUGAAAUUACAGCUACAGAUCUCAACAAGGCUCAUGUUGCCCUGGACACAUUGGUAACUAGUUUUUCUUACUAUUGCAAAAAUACAUUUACAUCAGAAACUUGUGAAGUUGUAUGGGCUGAUGGCUCAAAGCACAGAACCCCAGAACUUGCUUAUAGGAAGGAAGUGGUCAAUUCGAAGAAGCUCAAUAAAUACAUUGGAACUAAAAUUGAAGCAGGUGAGCUAGCAUCAUUGCUAACUAGGAUGUGCCUUCAGGCAAAAACGACAGGCGGUUCUGAUAUCAUCGUCAAAAUCCCUCCAACGAGGCAUGACAUACUGCACGUUGUCGACAUUUAUGAAGAUGCUGCUAUCGCUUUUGGAUAUAAUAACAUUUUAAAGACUUUCCCCAAUACAAAUUCAGUUGCACAACAACAACCUUUGAACAAAUUAACAGAUCAUUUGAGACAACAAAUUGCUCAAGUUGGAUUUUCAGAGAUUUUAUCAUUUACACUGUGCUCAAGAGAUGAUAUUAGUACCAAACUGAGGAAAGUUUUCGACAAGGAUAGUGUAGUUCAGAUUAGUAAUCCAAAAACUCUAGAAUUCCAAGUUGUCCGAACUACACUAAUUCCAGGUCUACUUAAAUCGAUUGCGUCCAAUAAAAAUGCACCUGUCCCGUUAAAAAUAUUUGAGAUUUCUGAUGUGGUUGUCUUCCACAAGGAUGCAGAACAGUGUUCAAAGAAUACUCGCCACUUAUGUGCUGUGUAUUACGAUAAGAAAGCUGGAUUUGAAAUACUGCAUGGGUUGCUAGAUCGAAUUAUGCAACUAUUGGAGAUUCCAUGGUCAAAAGAAGGAGGGUAUUAUUUAAAUGGGAUUGAUGAUGAAACCUUUUUUCCAAAAAGAUGUGCACAAGUCUUACUGAAUGGAAAACCUAUUGGAAUAUUAGGCGUUCUACACCCAGAAGUGAUAAAAGGAUUUGAACUUAAAUUUCCAUGCUCAGCACUUGAAUUAAAUGUGGAACUGUUUGUUUAAAACAAACCAAGAGCGGUGGAAAAUUAAAAACAAUAAAUGGUUAAACCUGUC